UUAUACCACACUAACAACAAAAUGUGCAGCUCCAAAACCAAACUAACAGCAGCAGCCACAACAUCACCUGUUGCCAAAAUCAAUGGCAGACCUGUUCUUCAACCAACUUGCAACAGAGUUCCAACCAUUGAAAGAAGAAACUCAAUCAAGAAACUUCCACUACCAACAUCACCACCACUUCAUACCAAAACUUCACCAACACCUCCACUUUCACCCAAGUUAUUAAAGUCACCAAGGCCAUUACCAACACCAACAAAGAGAAUCAAUGAAACUACUCUCUUGAACACAAGUUCUGAAAAGAUUGUAACACCAAGAAACUUAACAAAGACUUCGACUUUAAAAAAGUCCAAGAGUUAUAAAGAAGGUUCAUGUGGUAACUCUGUAGAGACAUCAUUGAGUUACUCUUCAAGUUUGAUCACUGAUUCACCAGGAAGUAUUGCUGGUAUGCGGAGAGAACAGAUGGCAUUGCAGCAUGCUCAGAGAAAAAUGAAGAUUGCUCAUUAUGGAAGAUCAAAGUCUGCAAAAUUUGAAAGUGUUGUUGUUCCUCUUGAUACUUUAAACAACCUUGCUUCAAAAACAAGUCAAGUUGAGGAGAAAAGAUGCAGCUUUAUCACAGCCAAUUCAGAUCCAAUCUAUAUUGCUUAUCAUGACGAGGAAUGGGGAGUUCCAGUGCAUGAUGACAAAAUGUUGUUUGAACUUCUAGUUUUAAGUGGUGCUCAAGUUGGAUCUGAUUGGACAUCAAUCUUAAAGAAACGUCAAGAUUUCAGGACUGCAUUUUCAGAAUUUAAUCCAGCAACUUUGGCAAACUUGACUGAUAAGCAAAUGAUGUCUAUUAGUUUGGAAUAUGGCAUUGAUAUAAGCAGAGUUAGAGGAGUGGUUGAUAAUGCUAAUAGAAUUUUGGAGGUUAACAAGGAGUUUGGUUCAUUUGACAAAUACAUAUGGGGUUUUGUGAAUCAUAAAUCCAUUUCCACACAGUACAAAUUUGGCCACAAGAUUCCAGUAAAGACAUCAAAAUCAGAAAGCAUAAGCAAAGACAUGAUUAGAAGAGGGUUUAGGUUUGUAGGCCCCACAAUGGUUCAUUCUUUUAUGCAAGCAGCUGGCCUCACCAAUGACCACUUAAUCACUUGCCACAGGCACUUGCAAUGCACCUUAUUGUCAUGCUAAUCAGCAUAUUCAAUGUGCUAAUUAACUAUAGUUUACUUUUAGUUAAAGUGUUGUGUAUAAUAUUAGAUAGGAACAAAAAAGAACUUGUUUUCUAAGAUAUGAAAUGUGAGGAGUUUAAUGACAGUUUGAGUGUGGUUUGUAACUGAUAGUUGAGGAGAGAAAAAUUGAUUAUUAGAAAGAAGAAAAAGGUUUAGGAUUGUGUACUAUAAGUGUGUUUUGUUGUAUGAUGUGCAAAUUAAUUAAUUUUGAUUGAAUUGAUUAUAUUAAAUAUGAAUUUAAAAAGAAAUGAUCUAUUUUCUAACGUGUUUGUCUGAGUACUAAAAGUUCGACUUAAUCUGAUGUUUAGGUUCGAAUUUAGUUUAGGUUCGAAUUCAACCUUAAACAUGCUUUUAGAGUGAGAGUUUUAUUGUCUUUUGUACUCCUCUCCUACUCAAGUCAUUAGUUUAUGCAAUUGCACGCAAAACAUAAUCGGUUUAAAAAAAGUGUGUAAAAAGAUGGUUAGGGGCCAGUGACCAUGUGGAAGUACAAUGUGUGUAAAAAAGAUGGUUAGGGGCCAGUGAGCAUGUGGAAGUGCAAUUGUGAGGCAAGGGCAUGUGUAGUGUCAGUUUGCUUUGAUAUCCUUUAACAGCCUGUGAGAAUACUGGUAAGGGGGGUUGUAGGACCGUAUACCCUCCUCUCCUCACACUUUCAUUCUGUUGCUUUGUUUAUGGGAUUGUUUCUCUAUCUUUUUGGGUUAGGUGAAUAUAUUGUCCCACAAUAUGCUUUGGAGUUUGUGUGGGGAUAUUUUGAGUGCUUUCAACACAAAUGUCAUGUGCUUGUGUACUACAUGAUUAUGAUUAAAACAAUACAUAUGCUACUCUUUCUUCAA